UGGAAGAAACAAGAGGGAGAGAAGGAGAAGAGAGCAUUUUUGAAAGAUCACUCAGCUCUAACACACCUUGGCUGGGUCUGGAUAAAAAAAGUGGGUACUGCAAACGUCUAGAAGAAAACAUCAGGGAAGAAAGAGAGAGGGGGAUUUAUUCAAAGUUGUUUCCAAGUCCUUCAAAAUCUCAAACUAGGUGGCUAUGGUAUGGAUAUAACCAAGAAAAACACAAGAGAUGGCACUGAAGUCACUGAAAGAUUUAUCACGGAAACAGUAACUACAAGACUUACAUCCUUACCACCAAAAGGGGGAACCAGCAAUGGCUAUGCUAAAACGGGAUCUCUUGGUGGAGGGAGGCGGCUGGAGAAGCAGAGCCUGAUGCAUGGCAGCAGCGGCUACAUAAACUCAAGCGGAAGCACACGAGGCAAUGCCUCCACCUCCAGUUACAGGAGGGCUCAUUCACCUGCCUCCACGCUGCCCAACUCACCAGGCUCAACCUUUGAACGGAAAACUUACAUCACCCGCCAUGGAACCUACGAAGGGAGCUCCAGUGGCAACUCUUCUCCGGAGUACCCUCGGAAGGAAUUUGCAUCUUCUUCAACCAGAGGGAGGAGCCAAACACGAGAGAGCGAGAUCCGGGUUCGACUGCAGAGCGCAUCCCCAUCCACCCGAUGGACAGAAUUGGAUGAGGUUAAGCGUUUGCUCAAGGGGAGCCGAUCAGCAAGCGUGAGCCCCACCCGGAAUUCCUCCAACACCCUCCCCAUCCCCAAGAAAGCCACUGUGGAGACCAAAACGGUAACGGCGAGCUCCCAGUCAGUGUCCGGCACCUAUGACACAACCAUCCUGGAUGCCAACCUUCCCUCCCACGUGUGGUCCUCCACCUUGCCGGCGGGGUCUUCCAUGGGGACCUAUCACAACAACGUGACAGCCCAGAGCUCGUCCCUCCUCAACACCAAUGCCUAUUCUGCAGGAUCGGUCUUUGGAGUUCCCAAUAACAUGGCGUCCUGCGCUUCCACUCUGCACCCCGGGCUCAGCACCAGCUCCUCAGUGUUUGGCAUGCAGAACAAUCUGGCCCCCAGCUCAUCAGCUCUGUCCCACAGCACGGCCACCACCUCCACAGUGUAUGGUGUGAAGAAAAACAUGGCCCAGAGCCCUGCCGCUGUGAGCACUGGCGUGUCCACCUCUGCUGCCGGCACCACAAGUGUCCAGAAUGAUGAGCUCUUGCACAAGGACUGUAAAUUCCUGAUCCUGGAGAAAGACAAUGCGCCUGCUUCCAAGAAGGAGAUGGAGCUGCUGAUCAUGACCAAGGACAGCGGGAAGGUCUUCACUGCCUCUCCCGCCAGCAUCUCUGCAACUUCUUUUUCAGAGGACACUCUAAAAAAGGAAAAGCAAGCUGCCUACACUGCUGACACCUACCUAAUCUCAGAAGCUAAUGGAGACGUGAAGACCGUGUCCACAAAGGCCAAGGCCGCCUCCACAGAUUUCCAUGGCUACGACCACCACGGCGGCGGCGGCGGUGGUGGUGGUGGUCGUGGUGGCGGCGGUGGCGGUGGCGGGGGCCCGUGGGGGGCGGCACCAGCCUGGUGCCCCUGUGGUUCCAGCUGCAGCUGGUGGAAAUGGUUGCUGGGCCUGCUGCUCACCUGGCUGCUGCUCCUGGGGCUGCUCUUCGGCCUCAUUGCUCUGGCCGAGGAGGUGAGGAAGCUGAAAGCGCGCGUGGACGAGCUAGAGAAAAGCAACAGCCAGAUGCGGAUUGUGGUCCAGCCGAACAGUGAGGCUCAGCUAGAGAAGGUUGUUGCACCUGAGAUGAGAACAGGCAUGGGAAAAGUUGUGCUUGACAGCCAGAGUCAGGAGGAGCUCUGGAAAUUUGUGUGGAACAAGCUGAUGACAGAACAAGAAAACGGAAAUCUCCGAGGAAGCCCUGGCCCUAAAGGUGACAUGGGAAGUCAAGGCCCCAAAGGAGAUCGAGGGCUCCCUGGGACUCCAGGUAUCCCUGGGCCCUUGGGCCACCCAGGUCUACAAGGCCCAAAGGGACAAAAAGGCAGCGUGGGAGAGCCCGGCAUGGAGGGACCCAUGGGCCAGAGAGGGCGAGAAGGCCCCAUGGGACCUCGCGGUGAACCAGGGCCUCCUGGAUUUGGAGAGAAAGGGGACAGAGGAGCUGCUGGUGACCCUGGUAUUCAGGGCCCACCUGGUGUCCCAGGUUCUGUGGGUCUCAAAGGUUCCAGUGGUUCUCCUGGCCCACCGGGUCCCCCAGGCGCUGUAGGUCUCCAAGGGCUCCGAGGUGAAGUGGGACUCCCUGGUGUCAAAGGUGACAAAGGGCCUACGGGACCACCAGGACCCAAAGGCGACCAGGGUGAGAAAGGACCCCGAGGUCUCACAGGCGAGCCAGGCUUGAGAGGUUUGCCAGGUUCCGUGGGCGAGCCCGGGGCUAAAGGAGCAAUGGGACCCGCUGGCCCCGACGGACACCAAGGCCCAAGAGGUGAACAAGGCCUUACAGGGAUGCCUGGAACACGGGGCCCACCAGGACCUUCUGGAGACCCAGGAAAGCCAGGUCUCACAGGACCCCAAGGACCUCAGGGUCUUCCUGGUAAUCCCGGCCGACCUGGGGCUAAAGGUGAACCGGGAGCUCCCGGCAGGAUCGUGACUUCAGAGGGGUCAUCAACUAUCACCGUCCCAGGCCCCCCGGGACCUCCUGGAGCCAUGGGACCUCCAGGACCUCCAGGUGCCCCAGGCCCUAUCGGCCCAGCUGGUCUCCCAGGACAGCAAGGCCCGCGAGGGGAGCCAGGGCUUGCUGCCGAAUCAUUCUUGGAUAGCAGCAGCUCCAUCUCUGAGAUCCUCUCUGCCCAGGGUCUUGAUUUACGAGGUCCCCCAGGCCCACCUGGGCCACUCGGGCCACCAGGAGCUUCCAUUCCAGGCCCACCUGGCCCCCCAGGCCCCAAGGGAGACCAAGGCCCCCCAGGCCCCCGAGGACACAAAGGCGAGCAGGGCCUCCCCGGGUUCUCAGCCUCAGGUGAUCCCAGAGUCCCUGGCAUUCCUAGUGGUCCCACUGGAGGGGGAUCGUCAUGGAGCAGCACGGUCUUGCAGGGGCCGCCAGGCCCACCGGGGCCCCCUGGGCCUCCAGGCUCCAUCAGCAGCUCUGGCCUGGAGAUUCAGCAGUACAUCUCUGACUACAUGCAGAGUGACAGUGUUAGGUCUUAUCUCUCUGGAGUUCAGGGUCCCCCAGGCCCACCUGGUCCCCCAGGGCCUGUCACCACCAUCAUGGGUGAGACUUUUGACUACUCAGAGCUGGCAAACCUCGUCGUGAGCUACUUACAGACUUCCGGGCACAGCAUCAGCUUGUCGCCCGCCUCCAUCUCUUCCCAAGACAUCCUGGCUGUGCUGCAGCGGGAUGAUGUGCGUCAGUAUCUGCAGCAGUACCUGAUGGGCCCUCGGGGUCCCCCGGGGCCACCAGGAGUGGGUGGAGAUUGGUCCCUCCAGUCUCUGGACUACGCGGAGCUGAGCAGUCGAGUCCUCAGCUACAUGUCGAGUUCUGGAAUCAGCAUUGGGCUUCCUGGCCCCCCAGGGCCCCCUGGCUUGCCGGGAACAUCCUAUGAGGAGCUCCUCUCCUUGCUCCAAGGGUCUGAGUUCAGAGGCAUCAUUGGGCCCCCAGGUCCCCCUGGGCCUCCAGGGAUCCCAGGCAACGCAUGGUCCAGCAUCAGCAUGGAGGACCUCUCAUCUUACUUGCACACUGCCGGCUUGUCAUCCAUCCCAGGCCCUCCAGGCCCUCCUGGUCCCCCAGGCCCUCGAGGGCCUCCAGGUGUCUCAGGAGCUCUGGCAACCUAUGCAGCUGAAAACAGCGACAGCUUCCGGAGCGAACUGAUUAGCUACCUCACGAGUCCUGAUGUGCGCAGCUUCAUCGUUGGUCCCCCAGGCCCCCCGGGGCCCCAGGGACCACCUGGGGACAGCCGCCUUGUGUCCAUGGACGGCUCAUACAGUCGGGGUAGCAGCUCCUCCUCACACAGCUCCUACAGCUCUUCGAUGGGCAUAGGAGGAGCCAGCGGAGGCUCUCUGGGUGAAGGGGGAGCCUUUGGCCUGGACAUGGGCCUGGGCCGAGGCUAUGGGGCAGCAGCAGAAGGUGGCAUGUAUGGUGGCGAUGGCGGAUCUUUCGGGGCUGGCUUUGCUGGAGGUCUGGAUUACAAUGAGCUGGCUGUUCGGGUGUCUGAGAGCUUGCAGCGUCAGGGCCUGCUGCAAGGGAUGGCCUACACUGUCCAGGGCCCACCCGGCCAGCCUGGGCCCCAGGGGCCCCCUGGCAUCAGCAAGGUCUUCUCUGCCUACAGCAAUGUGACCGAGGACCUCAUGGACUUUUUCCGAACGUAUGGAGCCAUUCCAGGACCCCCUGGGCAGAAGGGAGAGGUGGGCAUCCCAGGACCCAAAGGUGCGAAGGGCCCUGCUGGACCACCAGGUCGGCCUGGGCCACCCGGCCCUCGAGGGCACAAGGGAGAAAAAGGAGACAGAGGUGACCAAGUCUAUGCUGGGAGGAGGAAGAGGAGAAGUGUCGCCAGCAAGCCAUGAGCUGCCCUUGGCAGAACAGCCCCCUGGACCAGUUCUUGCAAUGGCUUAUGGCGCUUAGGUCAGAAUCUCUCCAGAGGGUAAAAGCUGGCGUCUCCACGGCCUACUGAGACAGCACCACCAAAUAGGCAACUAGAACUCUUGUGUUAGUCUGGAACUAUCUAUAUAGAAUUCAGCCAAAGGUACACAUUCUGAAACAGCUCUGUUGGGUGGACUUCAGAAUAGGUGCAGUGUUGUAGAAUGAGACUGACUUCUCUGCUAUCUAGAGCUGAGCUCCUUGUCUUCUUUAAAUCUUAGUUCAAACCCCCACCUAGGAAAGCCAGUUACGUAAAAGUUGGCUCAGGAGUCCUCGAGCUGUGCCUAAAAAUGAGCCAAGAAAAUGGAAGAUGAGGAUGUCAUCUGGGGGUGACACUGGUGGGGAUGUGUUCUGGUUAAUGCUGCGAGGCUGUGCUGGCAGCCCCUUCCCUCCUGUUCACUCUGUGCCCUCUAGUCACAGAAGAGUUGGCUAAGAAGCAACUCUUGCAACUGAAAAAAUUACGAAAUUCACUUCCACAGAAGGUGGUGACAGGGUUUCUAAUAGUUAUUUCUCACUACAAAUCAUAUUCCCACUUGCUUAGAAAGUUCGUUUGAUUGUAGCUAUGAUCUGUAUCCAUAGGUCCAUGCUCGAGUUUAUAGCAAUGUUAUACUGAACUAGCCUGCAGCAAAUAGAAAAAGAAGGAAAAUGGGCAGGGAAGAAAGGAAGGGAGAGGAAAACAGGAUACCUGAUGCCGGGGAAGGAUGUCACCUCUGUUCUGCACUUAGGAAAUGGCACGGGGACUGGGCGCAGCUGGUUUUUAAGCACUUUUCAACGACUAAAAACAUUUAUGUGGUCUAUUAGAUGAAAAGUCAUUUCAAUUGCAAAAUUUCCAAUUAAAGGUUUUUUUUUCUUUUUUAAUAUUAUGUUUAAUGUGGUCCAUCUAACAA